AUGUUUCGCCGUGGGCCAUUCUGCCCCUCAUUGGCGCACCCAGCAUACAUCAUCGAGGCCAUACCUGGGCCUUCCCGUGCCGUUCUACGACAGUCAAGUUCCUCCGCACCCCCUUUGGGUUCUUCUUUCCUGAGCGGGCAGCAGUCCAGCCCUCACGGCGCGACAGAUAAUUCCAGGCGAAGCCGACCUCGCCCUUACAAUGCAUCGGACGAGGAGUUACCCUUCCUCGAAAAUUACAACCGCGUGGAGAGAACCUUCCUCCGCCAGGUCCUCAGGAUAAAAGGCGGCGGCCACAUCUCUCGCCCUCCAUUCACAGCUAUUCUCUUUGGCCCUCACGCCUCAUCUCCGCGCUCAGCACUCCACGACGACUCAUCCGGCACAUCUCCCAGGCUCGCCUACCUCUCUGCAACAGCCAUGCACCGCACUUGGGAGAUCGGCCUCGGGCUGACCGCCGUGAUUGUCGGCGGCGCCGGCAUGGGGUACGAAGCCGCCUCGCUGCUCAGCCUGUCCAAAGUGCGCGCCCUGCCCCGCGCCAUCUUCAGCGCUCUCGGACUCUGCGCCCCCGGGCUGAAAACCACCUGGGACAUCCUCAUGGCGGGGGAAGACGGGAGCGCCACGCAGGCCUGGGAGCUGUUCGACGGCGGGAUCGCGCUCCUCCGCGGCACCGGGUCCGCCACGCACGUCGCCGCGCAGCUCAAGCAGUACUGCAAGCACCUCUGGGAGGACUUCCUCCACUCAAAGCUGCUGCGCAACAUCCUCUUCAUGGCCAUCGCCGCGUUGAUCCUGAACGGGAUCGGCUUCGCCGUCGCCGGCGUUGCCGCUGGCAGCCUCGCCACGCUCGCCCAGAGCUGCAUAUACGGCGGGCAGACGGGUGGGUUGUUUUCCGUUUUGCAAUCCAUCGGCGCCCGCUUGUUCACUGGCAGCGUAUUCUGGCUGGCCUUCUUUGUCAUCCCUGCUGUUGCGGUCGUCGUCGAGGUAGUUGUACGCAAGGUCGUCAAAGUAGCUCGCAAGGUCGUCAGCUGGAUAUGGUCGUGGUGGCGAUGA